AUGAACCACUUUGUGUGGACCAGCGACCUUCUGGAGAUCAACGAGGCCCUGGUGACACAGCGCGGGGUGCGAAUCUACUACGGCGAGGAGAAGAUAAAAUUUGAUGCUGGAACCCUCCUUCUUAGUACACACCGACUGAUUUGGAGAGAUCAGAAAAAUCAUGAGUGCUGCAUGGCCAUUCCUCUGUCCCACAUUGUAUUCAUUGAGGAACAGGCAGCUGGAAUUGGGAAGAGUGCCAAAAUAGUGGUUCAUCUGCAUCCAGCUCAUCCAACCAAAGAACCUGGCCCAUUCCAGAGUAGUAAAAACUCCUACAUCAAACUCUCCUUCAAAGAACAUGGCCAGAUUGAGUUUUACAGGCAUUUAUCAGAGGAAAUGACCCAGAGAAGAUGGGAGAAUAUACCAGUUUCUCAGUCGAUACAAACAAAUAGAGGACCCCAGCUAGGAAGAGUAAGAACUGUAGGAAUUGUAGGUAUUGAAAGGAAACUGGAAGAAAAAAGAAAAGAAACUGACAAAAACAUUUCUGAGGCCUUUGAAGACCUUAGCAAGCUAAUGAUCAAGGCUAAAGAAAUGGUGGAGUUAUCAAAAUCAAUUGCUAAUAAAAUUAAAGAGAAGCAGGGUGACAUCACAGAAGAUGAGACCAUCAGGUUUAAGUCGUACUUGCUGAGCAUGGGAAUAGCUAACCCAGUCACCAGGGAAACCUGGUACCACAUGCAGCUGGCUAAACAGCUGGCUGGAAUAUUGCAGGUGCCUUUAGAGGAACGAGGGGGAAUAAUGUCACUCACAGAGGUGUACUGUUUAGUUAACCGAGCUCGAGGAAUGGAAUUGCUCUCACCAGAAGAUUUAGUGAAUGCAUGCAAGAUGCUGAAAGCACUGAAAUUACCUCUCAGGCUCCGGGUUUUUGACAGUGGUGUCAUGGUAAUUGAGCUUCAGUCCCACAAGGAAGAGGAAAUGGUGGCCUCGGCCCUGGAGACAGUUUCAGAAAAAGGAUCCCUAACAUCAGAAGAGUUUGCUAAGCUCGUGGGAAUGUCUGUCCUUCUGGCCAAAGAGAGGUUGCUGCUUGUAGAGAAGAUGGGUCAUCUUUGCCGAGAUGACUCAGUAGAAGGCUUGCGGUUUUACCCAAAUUUAUUUAUGACACAGAGCUAAAGGUUUUGUAUUUGAAAUACUUUCUGUCCAUACUUAUAUCUGGUAGACUGUAUGACACUGAGCUAAGAGAUAAACCCCGAUAAACUGAAAAUUUAUUAGAAUGAUAAAAAUCUUUUAAUCUCUCCCU